ACUCCCCCCCACUCCCCUCCUCCUGUGUGCAUCAAUCUCACGACGGCGUCUCAGAGGACGGUUCCCCGCGUUGAGCUUUCAUCUCCGGGUGAAGGAGUAGGAACGCACAAGCUGGUCGGUGGACUUUCUGCACGCUGCCGUUGACGGUCUCUGUCUCUCUGCCAUGGAGUCCUUGUCGUCCCCUCUCCACGGAGGCCAAGGCGGGGAGGACCCGGAGCGGAAGGGAUCCCGCCGCAAAAGGGAGUUCAUACCCGAGGAGAAGAAGGACGCCCAGUACUGGGAGAAACGCCACAAGAACAACGAGGCGGCCAAGCGCUCGCGGGAGAAGAGGCGGCUGAACGACCACGUGCUGGAGAGUCACCUCAUGGCCCUGAAAGAAGAGAACAGCCGGCUCGCCGCCGAGUUGAUGGCCAUCAAGCUGCACUUCGGCCUGGUCCACCCGGCGGCCUACACCGCGCACCUGAGCAGCCAGCUGCACGCCCACAGCGGCCCCCAGCCCGCCACUGCCGCCGGCACAUACCACCAGUCCCUGGGGAGGGACUACUACCGGGGGGCCAGGGAGUCUUCGGUCAUGGCGAGACCUCAGCCUCCCCACCCAGUCUACAUCCCGGCAUACGCCCUCCACGCCAUGAGGGGCUAUUCGUAUUUGAACACGUCCGGCGGCGCCGGGUCCGGCCUCCUCACUCCCCUCAUGCUGCCCCAAAAUCUGGCCAGCUAUUCGCCUCUCCCCGGAGCCGCCCCGCUGAAGCCCGUCCGCGCCAGAACCGCCUCGGACGAGGAGGAGGAGCAGCAGGUCCCGGGGCUGUCGUCCCCGUCCUUUCCGCCGCCGCCUCGCAGGAUCCCCUCGAGGGGACACAGGAUCUACUCCCCACCGAGACAAUACACGUCCAACUGACCGAACGGUGCGCCGUGUCGCUGCCCCCGACCGCGGCAGCCUCUCAAAGACUUUUCUGAAGUUUAGGUCAGCAGUCCAGAGAGGACGAGAACUGUAGCUUUGCAAACGAACGAGAUGAAAACGCACUGAAUUAUGUAAAUAAAGAAGGUUUAAAAAAAAAAAAAAAAGGUUUCAUGAGA